AUGAAAUACAUUCCCAAGUCCGAUCCAGAACCUCAGCAACAGUCACCACCACCUCCUUCUUCACCAGCCCCGGCAAAAGCACCCGUGAAUCCUCCGUCUCCACCAAGGACCCAAGUAUCCCCUCAACUACAGCCGCAGGCCGGGGCUCAACGAAAACCAUCUGUGGUCGCCCCCAGUCCUCCACCUCCCAUCACCACUACCUCCAUCCCCAUCAGGACCACCACUAGCAACACCUCCCCGACCCCCAAAUCCCCGGUCCGCGUUAGCCCCUCCGCCAAACACGAGCUGAUCCGCUACACCAAGAUCGUCCGCCGCCUCAAAUGGAAGCUCCCCUUCCUGGCCUCCGGCUAUGCCCUCGCGCUUAAGGGCCGCAACCCCAAGCAUGGCGACGCCGUGAUCAGCGGUGGCGUGCUCAACGAGGGGGAGAUCAUGUUCAAGCUCGAUUUCUUCGAGUACUACAUGCUCAUCGAGCGCGCGCUGGUCCAUCUGCUGGGGGUGUUUGGGAUUACGGUUAGUGGGAAUGGGAUUCAGGGGAAGGGAUUGGCGGGGAGAAAUGGGGGUGGAAAGUUUCAGCAUCGGUAUCACGCUCAUGUUCUGGAAGCGUUUGAUUCCCCUGUUCACCCACUGCAUGAUAUCUUGGGCAAGGGCGAAGUGCGCAAGCAACUGCAGCGGGCAAAAGACUUGCGGAACCGAUGGAAGACGGCCGACUCGGAGGCCGAGGAGAAGGAGCGGGUCAAGUUGACGGCCCCGUUGGAGAGUUAUGACGUGGAAAAGAUGCUCGAGACGAUCUUCCAAGGGUUCGAUGCGGCGUUCUUGAUUGCCGAGUGGCAUGUUCGGGACAAGGAGGGUGGUUUAGAGAAGGGUGCGCAGUCGUCGCUGAACUGGGCGGAUGAUGAUGAUGAGGAUGGUGAUGCUACCAUGAUGGAUUGGGCGGCGCAGGAGGCGGAUCAGUGGGAGUUCAUGGUGGAUGCUAUGGAUUGGGAAGCUGUCUGAGCAAACCAAUGCCCUUGAUGACCUUCCACGGUUGUAUUAUGAUGUGGUGCUGGGAGCUAACGGACAAUAUAGGACUACUAAGCUUUUUUGUAUCAAUUUGGAAAUAUGACUAGCAAUAUCAAAUAGCAUUCCAAGC